AUGAACCACUCAAGCAGUAUACCGUUUGACGCUUUUCAUGUCGUGACGUGGUCUUGCUUCAUUGAACAGGAUGACCCGCGCAUGAUUACUUGUGAGCUGCGCAGAGAGCUAGAGUCAGCUUUUGAGGUGUACCCUUACUCAGCCAAGUGCCGGCAGUCGUUGCUGAGUUCCCUGAUCUUGUGGGCUGGCUUAGCACGUGCGCAGCGUCACGUAAUUCAGUGGAACUCGACAGACAACAUCAAUCUCGGGCAGGGGCUAAUCCAGCACCUGUUCGACCUCACAGCCGAGAUGCAAGGCAUUAACACGGAUGCCAUCUAUGCCGCUCUACGGGCAGAGCGGCAUCCCUUUCUAAAGGAGGUAUACAAGGUUCAGCAGGCCCGCGGCGUGGUCGAUGGGAUGUGGCGUGGGUCGGACAGAUGUGCUACCACUGAAACAAAGCGUGACGAUACCCGCCCCACCAUCCCCACGCUGCACACAGAGCCUUUGAUGCCAAUGUCGCCUCGGUCACCAACAGCGCUUCGUGAAUCGCAGUCAAGAGAAGAGCAGCUUCCAAGGCCCUCUGCGGAGAUUUACCCGUGCGUGCCGACACCGUUCACGAACAAAGCCUCACCAUCGACAACGAUGCUCUAUCCAGUAGGUUACUGUGAUAAUGAAACUCUGCAGAACGCCGCGGACAUCCGUGGCGGGGUCUUAAGCGCGAAGCUACUGAAGGACACCACUGCCUGCGGUCCCACCAAGAGACCCCCGGUCUCACUUCCGUCGGCAAGCAAAAUCGUAGCUAACCACGCAAAUGACAAACCGUUACGGUCGAAAGGGGAUACUGCUAAGCCGGCCGACGUAUUCGCUGCGCCUUCGCUCAUUCGUGACUCCCUUCCACCGGAAUCAGUGCCAUCGGCAGCGAUCUAUCGUCUCAUCCACGCAGUCGACACUGCACCCUCAGUUUCGUCGACGAAAGGCGUCGUUGCCAAACCCCUUGCAAGGAACGGCGAGGCCAAACCUACCGCAAGCAGUAAAUUUGCUACACGUUUGCCUGCGAAAUCGGAUGUCAAUCCAACAUCCGCAACAAAGCCGAAGGCAGCCGCGGCCGCCCCACUGUUACCCGCGCCAUCGGCCGCAAAGGAGCCACCCCCUUACAUCCCAAAGAAAGUGACGUAUGUCUACACCGAUUCUGACGACUCCGAUGACGUCACCUCGUCUGCUGUAGUGCACGACACUAACGCCAGCGCCUCCGCUUCCGGUUUGGCCCUGCCGACGCCGGUCACAGAAGCGCUGCUCAAGUACGGUGAUGGCAAGAGCGCGGAUCUGAUGCAGGCCUUCUGGAACGAUCUUCCUGCUGACCCCGAUGGGGUGUCAGUCUGGUUUGGACGCUGCCUGGCCAUCACGGAGGAUGACCGCCAAGUACCCCUGAUGGCCGCCGCGUCACCUCCUCUGUGUCUCGACAAAGUCAAGCAGCGAAUGCAGUCGAAAGUUGCUAAGAGACUGGACCAGCUCUUUCAGUAUCUCCACGCGGAGGCGCCGACCCCACUUCCUCCGCGCAACGAAGUUGCAGCGCUUCUCUCAGCACGCGACAUUGAGCAGCUGGAGGCGGCCAAACUGAUUCGACCGUGCAAACAAAGCGCAGGUCCUGACACUGUGCUCGCCUUCACGGUGGUGGAGAAGGCCACAACAAAUGCACGACGGCGCUUUCUGACGUGGCCGCGAGGCAGCAACCAGCACACCAUCGAUAGCGGCUAUGAGUCGCACAUCCCGCUGCACCACAUCUCCACGUACCUGGACGCCGUAAAUGAGUCAUGCGGCUUUGUGCAGAGCAUCCCGGGUUGCUUUGAUCAGGUGCUCCUGCCCCCUGACCUGCAGGAGCGUUUUGUCUUCACGGACGCUCGUGAUCAUCGGUGGUGCCUGACGCGACUGCCACUCGGCCACACUGUGUCCAUGGAAAUUGUGCAGAUCAUUGUCUCCACACUGAGCGGCCACCCGUCGUAUACGCUGCAGUCCUACGCGGCAGCCAACGCGGUGCGCAUCGAUGUGUGGGUGUACACCGCCCGUCUGUGCGGCCCCGCGAAGGAUGUCCAGUCAGCGAGUGCGGCGCUGCGGGCCGCGUGCGACGAGUGCGGUGCCAUCGUGACGACGUCUUGGCGUGAUGUCCCCACUUCUGACUACAACUUUCUUGGGGUGCAUUUUGAUCACUCAGCGCACGAGGUUUCUGUUGCCUCCGACAUUCUGAGCCGUGUAGAUCUGCCGAGGGUAAGCAUCUCGACCCGGGACUUGGAGCGUCAAUACACGCAGCUCCUCUUCUGCUCUUCCACGCUACGCGUCGCCGCUUCGGGGUACUACACGGUGCUGACUGAAGUAUGCCACCGACUCGGCGUGCUGCAGCUGCACCCUCAGCAGCUGCACACGCCGUCUGAGCUACUCCCAGGCGUAUACAUGCAACUGCAGAAGUGGCGCGAGGCCGUCUUGAAGAAUACGCCCCGCCACGUCGAAGCGGUGACAUCGCCAUCUAUGUCGCUGUUUGUGGUGCUGAAUAAGGCGAACUGUCAGGCCGUGCUUGUUUCUCAGGAAACGCAGGAGACUUGGAACGCGUCGAUGGAGUUGGAGGACACGCUCGGGACCAGAGUUGCGUCAGUCGCUGUCACACGUGCCGUGGUAUGCUUUCAACCAUGCAUCGAGAAGGGCACGCAUGUGAAGAUUAAGGUCAUCGGCGGCGAAGCUAAGGGACCCAACGGCAAGCCCAUCUACGAAAGUGAGCCCGAGGACAGUAUCGCUGUGAGCAUUCGUACGCACCUCGUGGCGCGCAUCUUUUCCUUCGAGGUGGCUUACCUGAACAUGCCGGGGUCAGCAGGCGGUGUCGCUGGUGAUACGGCCGCUUGUAACGAUGCACAGAUGGGAGCAAAUCGCCGCUUGAUCGCUCCCCCCUCCUCUCCCCCACCCACAUACACCCCGAGUUAA